AUGUCCUGGACAAGGCUUCAACCUGCCCUCAGCCGUGCCCUGCUCAAUGUGGAGCUUGCCAAGCCUCUGCCUUCUCAGAGCCUGCUCUCGGUGGCUGCCAGUUUUCCGGAACUGGGGUCAGUGGUCAGCUUUCAAAAACUUGGAGGAACAGAAGAGCAGCGAAGUGGGUCAGUGAAGCCCGAUCAUGGAUUGCUUUUUUCCUUCGUUUUUUCCUUCGUUUAUUCAAAGACGAUCCAAGCUUUGCGGAGCCCGCGGGAAUCGUCCGCGGGCGGACAGCUCUCAGGUGUGCGGCGGCACGCGCAGGUGGCACCGAGCCUGGGUGCGCGGCUCGGGCCGCCCUCCUCCCCAGCCCAGGGCAGCGCGGGCGGCUACCGGGGCUGGCGGCUACAGCUGAGGGCGCUUCUGACGCCCUGGGGGCAGCUUGAGGUCCCCUCGGCCCGAGGCGCUGACCUGGGGCGGUUCAUCUUCCUCUCGGGCUGCCGGGUUUCCAGCUCCGCUCUGGCCGGUCCAGCCUCUGCGAGGCGAGGAAGCGCUGCGGGGCGGAGGGCGGGGCCCCGGGCGGCGCGGGUCCCACCGCGCCUCCGCCGGCUGCUUGCCUGCGGCUUUCCAGCCCACCGUGGGGCUGGGAUGGUGGAGGCUUGGCCACCCUGCUGUAGGCAGGUGGUGCGGAGAGGCCGCGGUCCGCGGGGACCCUGGGGAAGUCCCGGUAUUCUCCUGUGCACCCUCUUAGCUACUUUGAACUCGGCAUCCAGGGAGGACAGCUCUGAAACCAGCAUCUUUUUUUCCUCGCUACCUCCCUCUCCAAGUGGGCUGUUUCUCGCACCUUCUUCAGCCGAGUUGCAACAUCUGGGUGCUGGGAAGGGAGGUCAGCGGCUUAGGACUCUACCUGGGAGCUGUCGAGGUGGCAGAGACCUGCGGCUGCGGAGAGCCUGCGCGCGGCCCUCCAGGGGACGGACGGUGACUGCGGAGCUGCCUGUGGCACCGCGGAGACCUUUGUCCUCCUCCGGGGAACUUCUGCGGCCCGCGAGAACGAAGUGUUGCUCAUUUUGGAAGGUACAGGUGGAGAGAUAAAGUCUUAUAAGUCCAGGUGUCUCUUCUACAGGAAGAUGGACAUGCUGAUUAUAUUUUAGUUUCUUCUCACAUCCCCCGAAUUGCUGUAUAUUUUAGCACUUCAGAAAAUAUACAGAGACUCCCUGGUUUAGUCAUCAACACCCUUUUUUUCUAUAGCUUGUUGACUGCUUUCCACGGAACUUUCACAAUUGCAUUCACAAAGUGAAAGAAGAGAGUGAAAAAGUUGGCUUAAAGCUCAACAUUCAGAAAACUAAGAUCAUGGCAUCCGGUCCCAUCACUUCAUGGCAAAUAGGUGGAGAAACAGUGGCUAACUUCAUUUUUUGGGGCUCCAAAAUCACUGCAAAUGGUGACUGCAGCCAUGAAAUAAGACGUUUACUCCUUGGAAGGAAAGUUAUGACCAACCUAGACAGCAUAUUAAAAAGCAGAGACAUUACCUUGCCAACAAAGGUCCAUCUAGUCAAGGCUAUGAUUUUUCCAGUAGUCAUGUACGGAUGUGAGAGUUGGACUGUGAAGAAAGCUGAGCGUCGAAGAAUUGAUGCUUUUGAACUGUGGUGUUGGAGAAGACUCUUGAGAGUCCCUUGGACUGCAAGGAGAUCCAACAUAAAGGAAAUCAGUCCUGAAUGUUCAUUGGAAGGACUGAUGCUGAAACUGAAACUCCAGUACUUUGGCCACCUGAUGCAAAGAGCUGACUCAUUUGAAAAGACCCUGAUGCUGGGAAAGAUUGAAGACAGGAGGAGAAGGGGACAAAAGAGGAUGAGAUGGCUGGAUGGCAUCACCGACUCAAUGGACAUGAGUUUGAGUAAAUUCUGGGAGUUGGUGAUGGAGAGGGAGGCCUGGCGUGCUGCAGUCCAUGGGGUCACAAGGAAUUGGACAUGACUAAGUGAUUGAACUGAACUGAACUGAACUGUGCUCUUCUUAGUAACCCCCUGAAGAUGUUAGGUAGGUGUGAUGGAGACCCAUGCUUUUCCAAAUCCUGUUUCCAUUUUUUCUUGAACACAUAGCUGGAUGGCAUUUCCCAGACUUCUUGUGGCUAGCUGAGGCUCAUGUGGCUGUAUUCUGGCCAGUGGAAAUAGGAGGAAGUGAUGUGUAUCACUUUCAUGCCUGGUCCCUAAAGGACCCUGAUCCUCUGUGCUCUCUAUCUUCCCUUUUCUGCCAACAGGAUACAAGGCCCUGGUGUAUGGCAGAGCCACUAGGUAGAAGGUGACUGGGUCCUUGUAUACCUUCAUUGAGUGAGGACCUCAUUCUAAUCCCAGUGACCUUCACUGGACAAGGAAAUGAAGAGAAAGAAUCCCCUGGGAUUUGGGGGGCUGCUUGUUUGGGCAGUUACCCUGUGCUAACAAAACAGUAGUCAUCGGUCUUGGACUCAUCGGUCUUCAGUAAUGAGAUGGUGGGCACAAAAAAGCUAUGUGACUUGCUCAAAAGCACAAAAAUUAGUCAGGCCAGCUGAAAUUUAUCCAGUGCUUAGCUUGUGUGAGGCAGUGUGCUGACUGAUGUAUGCAUAUGUCAUCUAACCUCACAAGAAACCUAUGAAGCAGGUACUACAUAGUAGUAGGCCCAGUUUAUAGAUGAGCUAACUGAUAUUUGCUUGAAGAAUGUGGAGGAAGACAUUGUCAUUUCUUAAAAGACUACACAGCAUUUGGGGGUGGCAAUGUGAAGGGUCCCACUGGCCGCUGGUUGAGGCUUCCUGACCAUCUUGAUUAGGUGUGACCUUGGCUGAGUUUGCUUUGCCUGUCUUCCUGUUGAUUCUUUGUGUGUUGAUUGUCUUUCCAAUAAAUUAUUUUCCUACUUAAAUUGAUCAUGCUCACUUGCUAUUGCUUGCAAAUAAUCACCCCACCUAGCACAGAAAGGUUGAGUAAAUUACAGAUCACAGUAUUGAUAAAUGGCAGAACAAAGAUUUAAAUAUAGGUCUGUCCAAUCCCGAAACCUCUAUCUCUAACGUCUAUAUUUCUUAGCCCAGGAACUACAGCCACAUGAAUGUUAGUCUUCUUUUUUUCUUCCUUAGUAUCAUUGGCUUUGGGAUAAAGAAAGUCUGGAUUCAAGGUCAUAGUAAGUAAGUUAAGUUGCCUAAACCUUACUGAAAAGGAGUUUUUACUAAGUUGAUUCUUUUGAAGUUUAAGUAAUAUAGUAAUCCACAUGAAUAUCUGGCACAUAUUAAAAAUAGUUAUUAUUUCUACAUACAGUUAUGUUCCCCAAAUUUAUGCAUAAAAUGUU